CGCUUCCUGGUUCUCAGGUGGACGUCAAAGCGGCUGCCAAAAACCUCUGUCAAACAAGUCGAAAGUUGUCUGGACACGGGAGGGAAAUAUGUACCUGGCGGCGAGGACACCGUCAGCCUUUCCACGAAGCGACUGUUGUUUUGCGGCAUGGUAAACGAACGCGACUUUUACGGCUACCGAACGGCAGCAGUGGUUAUCGUCAGCCGGGACGCUGCUGUGGAAGUGAGCGGGUUAGCUGCCCGCGGCUAACCCGUUAGCGAGCUAGCCCGACGGAGCUAACUGCUAGCUUCGACUUGACGCUGAGCAGCUCGGUUCAAGUUUUGAGUCCCGACCCGAUUCAGAAGAGUUCCGAGUGAGCUGAGGGGGACAACAUGGAGAAGGUACAGAUGAGGAACAACCCUCGCAGGCAGCUGAAGAAGCUGAGCGAGGACAGUCUCACCAAGCAGCCGGAGGAAGUCUUUGAUGUCCUGGAGAAGCUGGGUGAAGGGUCUUAUGGUUGUGUAUUUAAGGCCAAUUAUAAAGAAACGGGGGAAAUUGUUGCCAUCAAACAGGUUCCUGUAGAGUCAGAUCUGCAGGAGAUCAUUAAGGAGAUCUCCAUCAUGCAGCAAUGUAACAGUCCCCAUGUGGUGCGUUAUUAUGGCAGCUACUUCAAAAACAGUGACCUGUGGAUCGUCAUGGAAUAUUGUGGCGGAGGAUCAGUGUCUGAUAUCAUCCGAAUACGUAACAAGACGCUCACAGAGGAGGAGAUCGCUACGGUCCUGCAGUCGACCCUGAAGGGUCUGGAYUAUCUUCACUUCAUGAGGAAGAUCCACAGAGACAUCAAGGCGGGCAACAUCCUGCUGAACACUGAAGGUCAAGCCAAGUUAGCUGAUUUUGGAGUUGCUGGACAGCUCACAGACACCAUGGCGAAGCGAAACACGGUCAUCGGCACACCGUUCUGGAUGGCUCCAGAGGUCAUACAGGAGAUCGGCUACAACUGUGUCGCUGACAUUUGGUCACUGGGGAUAACAGGGAUAGAGAUGGCUGAAGGCAAACCACCCUACGCUGAUAUCCACCCAAUGAGGGCGAUUUUCAUGAUUCCCACCAACCCUCCUCCAACGUUUCGUAACCCAGAGCUGUGGUCGGCAAACUUUCAGGACUUUGUCAGCCAGUGUUUGGUCAAAAACCCAGAAAAUAGAGCAACAGCCACACAGUUGUUACAGCAUCCUUUCAUCAAAUCAGCCAAGCCUAAUUCUGUCCUAAGAGCCUUGAUCCAAGACGCCCUGGAGAUAAAACUGAAGAGACAAGAGGAGGCAGAACAAAGAGAACAAGACGCUGAAGACGAUGACAAUUCGGAUGAGGAUGAGGUGGACCAGGGGACGAUGGUCCGAGCUGGAACAGGCGACUCCGGAACCAUCCGGUCCGCCGGCUCGUUAACGAGUUCGAUGAGCGGUACGAUGAUCGAACACGAGGACACGGGAACCAUGCAGUCGCAGCUCGGUACCAUGGUCAUAAACUCCGAUGACGAGGAUGAGGAAGAAGCUGGUACCAUGAAAAGGAGAGACGAGACCAUGCAGCCCCCCAAACCGUCCUUCCUGGAGUACUUCGAGCAGAAAGAGAAGGAGGCGAACAAUCAUAACGACGGAGGGCGCCGAGGAGAAAACAACGCAGACAACCGCAAACUCCCUCCUGAAGGAGAUCUUGAAGUGGUGAGCACGUGGUCCGUGGAGGAGCUGCGGGUCAGACUGGCCUCUCUGGACCCUCAGAUGGAGCAGGAGAUCGAGGAGAUCCACCAGCGGUACCAGGCCAAGCGGCAGCCCAUCCUGGACGCCAUCGAGGCCAAAAAGCGCCUGCAGCAGAACUUCUAAAGGAACGUGCAGCGCUGCUUACAGGACGGCACCGACCGGACAUCUGGUCCCGUGUUCCUCACAGGUUUCUGGUGUCUCAUCCUGAACCUCGGACACAACAUGGUGCGGCUGGAUGAGGAUGAAGAAACUGAAUAAUUCUCAUUUUGGAGCGUUUGAACUCGACGUGAGACAAACCUCCAAAGAGCUGUUCUUUGUAUCGACGUCUUAAAGAAGAGACGGUUGAAGAGUUAGUUUCACAUCAGCAGCUGAUCUGGAUUCUUCCACCUUCUUGUCUUGAACCACAGUGACCUUUUUUAAACUUUCAGACCCUUUUAGGUUUCUUCUUUAUUAGCUUGGGUGGUACUUUUAUUUUCUUAUGUUCUUCACUGUUUGCUGGAAAAAAACACAAGGCUGCUAAAUAUUUCAGUGUUCCCUUUGCAGACUGUGAAAAUCCGUUAAAAUGGUGACAGAAUUUGAAAUUUCCCCUUUAUAGGACAUUAAAACUGCACAAAUGUUUAUUAUUUGUUCUUAGAUCGUUCCUGUUUGUUUUUCGUUGGUUGGUGUUGCAGCACACAGGAAACCCUUCAGAAUAUGACCCCAGCUUUGUGCCUCAUGACCAAAAUACCCUCUAGAUCUGUUUUUAUUCUGAGCAUUUGGAAAGAAAAAUAUUUUUUCACAAAUAUUUCAGAACUACAGGCUUAUUUAGAAAGAUAAAAGUUAUUAUCUGAAGCUGUGACUUGGAUGAUCACAAACUUUCCCUCUUGAAUAUAGUGGCUUAGAAAUGGCAGCUGAGGAUUAUAGGAUUAUAUAAAUGUAGCUCAAACUGGAUGUUUGGGUUUUGGUCUGACUAAAACCAAACUCCUGAACCAUAGAUUUAUUCUUAUUUUAAUAGAAGCAGUAAAAACAUUUCUUCUGGAUAUGCAUGAAAUAAAUGUGACUCUUAUGAAGCAGUUUUUUUUUCUGCGAGUUUAAACACGAAAUAAAAAAAACAACAAGCAACAAAGAUCUAUAUUUAGCGUUAUCAGUGUUUGAAACGUGAUUGGUAGCACAACAAAUGAAAGUGUUUACACUGGUUUUGAAUGACAGAAAUCUUUAACUCUAUAAAUAAACAAGUCGUCAGGAGGAGGGAAUGAAAUAGAUUUAUUCACUUUGACGUCGUUCUGUUUUAGAAAGUACAUUUUCAUAUUCUGCCUUUUUCAGUUAGAAGCAAAAAAUGUUUGAUUGUAUUUGUAACUGAUAGUUGCUUUCUGUACAUUUAAUGUCCUUUUAAUAAUAAGUCCAGAGGUUUGAAAUGAGCUGGCCUUAAACAAUAGUUGUGAAUUUAAAUGUUUUCUACAAUUAGGAGUUUAUAGGUGUUMAAUGUACCAAAUUGUUCUGCCUUCUUUUAACCACUGGUGUCCUUAUUGUUGAUUUGGAUUUAUUUAUUUAAUUUUUUCUUUCUGUGAAUCUUUUUAAUCUUUUAUUUCUAAGUAAUCUUAAAAAAAAAGACCUGAGGUUUUUAAACUUUUGACUCGGCACACUGGAUUUUUUGACGAAACCUCCCUAAAACCAAUCAGAACCACUGAACCCAGGUCUGAUCCAGCUUCUAACAUUCCUCAGAGCUGCAGGGUUUUCAGCCAGAACAAGACAAAUGUAAGGGACCAUGUGUAGGUUUUUAUUUUAUUUUAUGUUUUUGAUGUAAGUUUAGUUGUGUUGGAGUAAUAAUGAGCGGCUCAGGUCAUGAAACUCCUCAGGGUUGUAAAAUAACGACUGCAGUGAUGAAAAACCUGCUGUUUUUGCUUCAGUCUUGUGUAAAUAUGAGCUCCUCUCUGCUGUUAAAGGAAAUCCUUCAGCUGAUGUCAGAAAGCUGUCGUUACCUGGUUUAAGCUGCUUCUGUGGACUCCUGUUUAUCAUGAGCACAAACUGGUUUUAGUCUUACAAGCAAAGCUAAAGGGAUUUUUUCCCCUUCAGGUUUGUGUGGUUCACUCUGAAUGCACUGUUUUUGUGUGGGUGUUUAGUUUCUGUGAUCAAACAGUUAACACUGGUCAUUUUUUUCUUUGCUUUAAUAAAAAAAAGGGGCAAACAUUGAUAAUAAUGUCGCCUCCAUCCUGCUGUUUGAACGCUGCAGAAAUUAAGUSAAAAUCACUGGAAAACAGAAACUUUCCUGCUGUGAAGUUUUACUUUUUUAUUUUUUUUUCAAAUGUGUUUUUGUCUAAACUUUGAAAACUGCAUAAAGGCUCUGUAGCUGCAAGUUCUUCAGUGAGUUCUGCAAAACUUUUACCAGGCAGUGAACUUUUGGUUUAACCAGAAACAACACAAGUGACUGAAAAUAGGUCAAAUUUAUCAGCUGUAUUUAUUUGUUGACGUUGGGUGUGGACCCUCAUUUUAGCAUCACCGUCAUAAAAUCUACCGGUCAUUGCGUUUAGGCUGCCUCAUUUAAUAUAAUUCAUGAUAACAUUCAGGCUUUAUUUCAUUAGUUUUGCAAAAGAAGCUUAUUUACAUGRUUUACGUGAAACAAACUGGUCAGAAUCACUAAGUUACAAAGAUUAAAUCAUCUGUUCUCCAGUGUUACCCUGCUCUGCAGAUAAACACCAGUUUAUUGGCUCAGUUUGAAGCUGGGAAACAAAUAAGACUAAAUCAUGGCCAGUUGGCUUUUAUUAGGAACUUUUAUACUUUUAAGGACAAAUAAAAGAAAACAUUAAUUGAAAGCAGUUCAUCGAUCUUUGUUUUGCUGCAGAUGUUUGUUGGGAAGGAGGAGGUAGAAAUGAUUUUUUUUCUUCCUUUUUGGUUUCUUGUCUCAGCAUGUAAGAAUCAGAGUUUAUUCUUGAGUCUCUGCCUUAAAGUACAGCAUGCAAUGCAAGUAGAGUAUGUUUUAUUGCAAUUGUUUUGUUUGCUUCUCUAAUAAAGUCAUUAUAGUAAACAGGAA